AUGUAUAUAUAAUCAUAUAAUCACAUACUGACCUGAAAGUCUGAAACCAUAUAUCAGUCAUGAAUCUCAUCUUCUUCAUUGUUGUUUUCAUGUUCUAUUUCUGUUUACCAAACUCAUGCCUUACUUCUGCCAAUUCUUCAGUAGACCGUCUCGCCCUCUUAGCAAUCAAGUCUCAAGUUACUAAUGACCCUCAAGGUGUUCUGAAUUCUUGGAACACCACCAUUUCUAUGUGUCAAUGGCACGGUGUAACUUGUGAUGCAACACCUUCACAACGAGUCGUUGGCUUACGACUUGUCUCCUAUGGUUUAGUAGGAACCUUAUCACCUUCUGUUGGAAACCUGAGUUUCCUUCAGAAUCUGAGUCUGUCUAAUAACAGUUUCCAAGGUCAUAUACCACCUCAAAUUGGUAAUCUUCUUAGUCUAAGGUCUCUAAUUUUACAGAGGAACUCCUUCGAAGGAGAAGUUCCAGCCAAUAUAUCUCAAUGCUCCAAACUAGAGGGACUUAGUCUUGCAGGAAACCAUUUAACAGGAAGCAUUCCUCGUGAACUAGGCCGUCUGUCAAACUUGAAUUACUUAAUACUGCAGGAAAAUCGAUUCACAGGUGACCUCCUCAACACGGUUGUCACGAACAUGACUUCCUUAAGCUAUUUGUCUGCAGCUUUCAAUUCUUUUGAAGGAAGCAUCCCUGACAACAUUGGAAGAGUUUUAACAAAUUUAGUUUACAUUAGUCUUGCACAAAAUAAGAUUUCAGGUACCAUUCCUUCGUCAUUUUACAACCUUUCAUCUCUCUUUGUUGUUGAUUUGGACCUUAAUAGACUAGAAGGGACUCUUCCCUUCGAUAUUGGGUUUCGACUUCCUCAACUUGCAUACUUCAAAAUAAGUGGCAACUUUUUCCAUGGUACUCUUCCUCUGUCUCUUUCUAACCUUACUCAGCUUCAGGUUCUAGCAGUUUAUUCUAACAAUUUCACAGGAAAAUUCAUGUUUAGUGCUCGAGACAUGCCCGAUCUUAGAAGGCUAGAUAUCUCUUUGAACUAUUUGGGGACGGGAGAACCUGAUGAUCUGAGUUUUGUACAAACUCUUGUUAACUGUAGUCAGUUAAGUCUGUUAGAAUGUGGUUCUAACAGAUUUGGUGGCAUUCUGCCGCGCUUUCUUGGUAAUCUUUCAACAGAAAUUUCUGUGAUAGAUUUUCAACAAAACAAUCUAACUGGAAGCAUUCCAACUGAACUGUUCAACCUCAUUAACUUACAGAGACUACAAUUGUCAGACAAUGAACUAACAGGUCAUCUUCCACUUGAGAUUGAAAAUUUUAGCAAGUUAGAACACUUUUCCUGCAGUAACAAUCACCUCAUUGGAGAUAUUCCUCAUUCAUUAGGAAAUUUAUCGCGGUUGAGUGAGUUAUAUAUGGAUAACAAUAGCUUUGAGGGAACUAUUCCCUCGAGUCUAGGAGAGUGCACAAAUUUAUUAUACUUGAUACUUUCAGAAAACAACCUCAGUGGACUAGUAUCUCCUCAUCUGUUCCAUGCUUCAAUGUUACUCGAACUUCAUUUGGAUCAUAAUCGUCUGCAAGGAGUCUUCCCUGGGGAGAUUGGUCAGUUGAGGAAUUUAGUGGUGUUAGACAUAACAAGAAACGCAUUCAAAGGAAAGGUUCCAUCUAGCCUUGCUAGUUGCUUUGGCCUUCUUGAACUUCAAAUGGGAGAAAACUUCUUUACUGGUUCAAUUCCUCAAUCUUUCAAGUCUUUAACUAGUAUCAAGUACUUAAAUUUAUCUCAUAACAGACUGUCAGGCCAAAUUCCGGAUUUCCUGUCUAAUUUUUCUUUACAAGGAUUAGAUGUAUCUUUUAAUGAUUUAGAGGGAGAGGUUCCGAGAACAGGGGUUUUCACAAAUACAAGUGCCGCGACAACUUUGGGAAAUAAAAAGCUUUGUGGAGGGAUUCCUGAAAUUCAUUUGCCAAAAUGUUUAACCAAUGCUACCUUGGCAAGAGGCUCUAAAAGGAGGGGUAGACUGUCUGUUGCUGUGACCCUGACUAUCGCGGUAGCUUCUUUAGUUGUUGGUGUGUCGAUAAUCUCAGCAAUAUAUUUCCUGAUGUGUAUUAGGAAUAAAAAGAGCAGGCUAUCUCAGGGAUCAUUGUUGAAUGUGAAGGAGCCUUUCUCAAAAGUAUCUUAUAAUAUGCUUCUGAAGGCAACUGACAGAUUUUCGGAAGCAAACUUAAUAGGUGCAGGCGGUUUUGGUUCUGUUUAUAAAGGAGUCCUUGACCCAGAAAACAGCAUGGUUGUAGCCAUUAAGGUUAUCAGCCUUGAACAGAAAGGCGCGAGAAAGAGUUUCAUGGCAGAGUGUGAAGCAUUGAAAAAUAUCCGUCAUAGGAACCUACUUAAGAUUGUCACUGCUUGCUCGAGUACAGACUUCCAAGGCAAUGAUUUUAAGGCAUUAGUUUACGAGUUCAUGCCAAAUGGAAACCUUAAACAAUGGAUUCACAUUGAACAGCAUACGAAACCCCUUAGCCUCCUCCAAAGAUUGAACAUUGCCAUCGAUGUUGCUUGUGCACUGGAUUAUCUGCACAACAGUUGUGAUACUCCUAUAAUUCAUUGCGACUUAAAACCAAGCAACAUUCUCCUUGACAGCGACAUGGUUGCCCAUGUCGGAGACUUUGGGUUAGCUACAUUUCAUUCGAAUGUAAGCACAUAUAACAGCAGUUCAGUUGCAGUUAAAGGGACAAUUGGAUAUGCUGCUCCAGAGUACGGCCUAGGAAGCGUGGUAUCAAAAGAAGGUGACAUGUACAGCUAUGGAAUCGUGUUGAUAGAGAUGAUGAGCAGUAUAUUUCCCACAAAUAAGAUGUUCGAGGGAGAUUUAGACCUUCAUAAGUAUGCUAAAUCAGCAUUGUCUGACCAAUUCACAGAGAUUAUCGACCCAAAGCUUUUUGAUGAUAAUGUUGCAAGCAAUGGAAGUCAAUAUGUAGCUUUGGCAAGAAAAGACUGUUAUCUUAAGUGUGUAUGGUCUCUCAUUGACAUCGGCGUGAAGUGUUCAGUAGAGUCACCUCAAGAUCGAAUGAGAAUCGAGGAUGCCUUUAGAGAGCUACAAGUAACACAGGAGAUGUUCCUUAAAGAGCUAAGCGUCGUUGAAGCAAUGCAGUUUUAAGGUUUCUAAGCUGCAUUUGUUGAAAUUUUAGGCUCUAAAACAGUCUGCAGGAAUAUGUGCUAUGUAGCUGAAAGAUAUGAGGCUCUUACAUACAAAAAUAACAAUGCUCAAAGUGUUCUUGUUCUCAAUUAUGAACUUUGUUACUAAACAAUUUAAGGAUGUUUUUGUGAUAUUUUCUAGUUUUUUAAGGCUAAAUUUGAUUUAAGAUUGUCUUUUCAAGUUUUCUGAGAUCAGAAUUGACUCUUAGGGGGAAAAAACACCACAUAGAUCUUAAAAAAGAUAGAGUCGUUCGUUAUUAUUAUAUUGUAGUUACCAAUUUCUUGGUUUUAGUGUAAUAAUUAGUCAAAUAUAUUAUAAACAUCAUGAUUUUGAAAACUGACAAUAAAAUCAUUUUUUUCUGGACAAGAACUCUAUUUUCCCAUGGUUGCAAAAAACCAUAAAAAAAAAAAAA